UAAAAUGUAGAGCAUGCUGAGAUCCACCGCCAGCUGCAAAGCACUUUUGAGAAGUGUCCCAUGAUCGAGUGGCCUUUAUGAGACCGAUGGCAUCUCCUUUUUGAUAAAUAAAAAUUAUUUUCUCGAUCGAGAGAGAGAGGAAGAAAGAUUGAUCAGAGAGGGAGAGGGGAAGAGAGAUUUUGAUGAGAACGAAGAUGGAUGAACUGCUCUCCAAGCUGUCAGAAUUGGCGAAGCAGGCCUUGGAGGACAAGAAUUUUGAUCCAGCAAAGUUAGAAGCUCUCAUGGCUGCGUUCGGGGCUGAGGCUGAUGCCUGCUGGGCGGCCGCGGAUGCAACUGCGGAUCUGGCCCUGGAGCGGGCGCAUGCCUCCAUGAGGGAGGCUGAGGCAGAGCUUAAUGCGGUCCUCUGCGGCACCGUCGAAUUAGCGGAGAAGGAUCUGGAGCAGCUCGCAAGGGCUGGGCAGGCUGCUGAGGCCACCGGAAAAUACCUCGGCGUCACUGCAGAAAUGGCCGCGCGCCAGUAUGCGGAAGCCGCCCUCUUCGCCGCCACCUCUGUUGCCCGUAACCCCAAGGUCUUCCCCGCUCCAUAAACCAAACGGGAUUUAGAAAUUCCUUUUGCUCCAUCCCUAAACCCUGUUACACUACUUUUUGAGUGCUUUGUGUAUGAUACUUGCUUCAAUUUCUAUGUAUUAUUGCUGGACCAAUACGGUUAUGAACUAAGUGUUUUCUCCUUCUCCUA